AGAGAGAGGGGGAGAGAGAGAGUGAGGGUUCAACGCGCUGGAUGAGCAGUCCCUCCAGGAGUCGCGUUCUUAUCCAUCACAUCUAUUUUUUCCAGGACGCGUAAAUGUGUGCAUCGUGCACAUACUGACAGCUUAGAAUAUUUGCAACAAAAGCCUCGUGAGACGAGCUGAUUGAUUUCUGUGGGUAGAUUUCAGUUUGUCGGCCAACGGUCCGCUGGAGAAACCAGAGUUGCCAUGGAAACUAUUUUGCUCUUCCUCUCUUCGCUCCUGGUGUGUGUGGCUGCUGCAGCAGACCCCAGUGCACAGGAUGGCAAAGAGGAAGUUGAAAACCAAUUUGUUUAUGACUACGAGAGCCUGAGGAUUGGGGGAUUGGCAUUCGCUGUGGUGCUCUUCACACUGGGCAUUCUUCUCAUCCUCAGUCGACGAUGCCGCUGCAGUAUCAACCAGAAGACCAGGGCCCCCGGCGACGAGGAGAAACAGGAGGAGAACCUGAUUGUCCCCAUGGCUACGGUGGUUGCAGAGACUGCGGCAGAGAACUGAGGCAGCUCCACCGGACCGAGUGCCUUCUGAAAUGAUGAUCAGUUUGACUUCACACGAUCACUGUGACAGUGGAGAAAUUGAUGAUUAUGACACCUGGUUAUGUGACAGCGUGAGAGGGGAGGUAUACGUUUAGAGGUGUAAUAUGUACAUAAACCUUGUGCCCUGAAGACAAACCUUUAGCCUGUUGUGUCCCUUGUGAUCGUGGCUGUCCCUCAGUGUCCGUUCCUGUGCCUUUCUGUGACUCACUCCAGCUCUUUGUCUUAGCCAGUAGCACCUUUGACACAUGAUUGUCUUUGAAGCCCCAGAAGAGUUUUUAAUGUCGUGUCGUCCACUGUUCUUCGUUUUGUACUUCUCUUUAUUGCCUUUAGGUUUUAGGAUUUGUGUUUAUUUUGUCAGUUGUCCUGGAUAAUGUUAGUCAUAUUUGGAUUAUAAACUAAUGCAUAUAUACUGUAUACAUAUAUAAGUAUAUAUAUAAAUCCAGAUAGUUUACAGAAAAGAUAUACUGUUAAAUAUCCUUCAUUUAGGCCUACGUUUGAGUGGUUGGGCGUGUUUGCGUGCACAUGUGGGUAUAUAUGCGUGUGCAUAUCCUGUGUAAGUAUGAUUGUGUGUAUAUCACAAGUGCAUGUGUAUCUCUACAUGUAAAUGUGACGAGCCUUAUAUAAGACAAUCUCAACCGCCACAGCUCUCUGACUGAGCACAGGAAUGGUUUGCAGGUAUCUGCACGAGCUCCUCCUCCACACACACGCAGUGUUUUAACAUCCAGAGUGGAGGAGGCUCCUGCAUCAGCUGUCUCACUGCCUUCUUCUCCACACAUCUACUCCGCCGCUCCGUCAGCGGCUCCACCAGGAUUAACUAGUCUCCAGCAGGCUAUGAUUAGUCUCUCCAUGCACACUCACUAGCGCUGCAAAUCUGUGAAGCCCGGGUUUCUUUCUGUUCUCGGCCUUGUUUGUUCAUUAAAUUGCUUAGUCAGUCUCUCUAAUGUGAUGAUGCUUUGAAUGUAGUACAUUUCUGGAAAGUUUGAGUGCUGGGUUUGAUAGAAGUUAAAACUGCUAUUAUUUCUGUACAUUAAUAGCAGCCUCUUGUAGGCCAAAUCAUAGCGAGAGAACAAAUCAACAGCGCUUGUUGUUAAUCUUCACCAAUCGUAAGUCUGAGUUUAACCGUUUUAAAGACGGCCGCUGUACAAGUAAACGCUCUGUUCAUUCUCCGCAUGAGGCCGUGUUGUGUAGCAACCUGUUGUGCUUUUGGCAUAAAUAAAUAAAAGUAUGU